GCAGAUGCUGGAAAUAAAUACAAAACACAAAAUGCUGGCAGAACUCAGCAGGCCAGGCAGCAUCUAUGGGAGGAGGUAGUGACGAUGUUACGGGCCGAAACCCUUCGUCAGGAGAAAAUAAAAAUUUGAUGAAAAUAAAAUCAAGUUUGAUGAAAAUAAAAUCAACUAACAUUUCUUGGUCUUAAUUACUGCUGCAAGUUAUAAGUGUAUGUAUGUCAAGACAGCCUCAGACUUAGUUAUGAUAUUUUAAGAAGAAACAGCCUUUCAGAAUUUCGCACAAAUUGCUGGAAGGACUCAAUAGCUUAGGCAGCAGCUAUGGAGAGGAAUAGAGAGUCAACAUUUUGGUUUGAGACCUUUCAUCAGGAUUUGUUACUGACCUGUUUGUUUUAUAUACAGUCUUAAAUGAAACAUUAUUUUCUCCACUGAAUCAAUACAAAGACUAUAAUGUUGCAUCUACUUCCUUUCUCUGGCCACUGUUCUUUAAUGAGCUGAACUACUCAAUAUUCGUCAGACAAUAAAUUCCCACAACAGAUGAGAUUUAAUCACAUUUAAAGACAGUUUCCAGCGCUUCAUUGAUUCUAAAACUACCUUCUCUGUAAAGUAUACUUUCCAAAAACAGGCUACCAUUUUGAGCAUUUAAUCUAUUACUUUAGAAGAAAUAACAUGAAACGACUUUUGCAAGUCAUCAGCUCGUUUACUGACUUAUCUUACCAUGAGAGAAAAACUAGACACAACAACCAUCAAAUCUAACCUCUGACAGAUUUGACAGGCUGAGUUCCAAAUAAAGCAAGGUACUAUUGUUUGAUAUGGCAUAUUAUUCUCCUAUUGCCCUCUCUUUAUUACUGACCUUGGUACUGGUUGUGACCCAUUGCAACUCGUCUGCCAUUUUUUCAUUGCUGUUUCCCAUCUGACACAUGUCACUAGUCACUCUUCCCUCUACCAUCUUAUGAUUAGCCUUGCCCCAAUGCCUUCCUGUUGCUGAUCACCUGUCACAAUCCUUGUAGCAUUGCUGCCAACUUUCCUUUGGCACCACACAAGUCUUACCCGAGUGUUGUCCCUCCCUCUGCCGCAACAUUAGCCAGGCCUAGUUCUGUCAACUGGUCUAUGCCCCACUGCUUGUCUUGUCUCUUUAUUCCUAGUUAUUGACACUAUCCUAUUGCUUUCCUUGCUUCACUCUGUUCCUGGUCACUGGCAUCCAAGUGACUUUGUGCUCCUGGUCAUUGACCCUAUCCUAUAGCACCCCCUUGGCUUUCUAUGCUUCUGGUUUCUGGAUGUGGCAUUGCCCUGGUCGCUGAACUUGCUCCAUUGACCUCCUUGUCUCCUGCUCAUUGGCCUCGUCUCUCUCUGGCCAUAGGUUCUGCCCCAUUGCUUGCCAUGCACAGACCACUUCCCCUGAUUCCUGGCUUUGCCCCCAUUGCUCCUUCGCCACCUGAGCUGUGCCCUAUGCCUAUUGGCCGGCUCCCCGCCCGAUGCCCUCUGGCGGUUGCCCUGUCGGCUGCAGCCUCUCCUUUACUUCCUGUUUUACCGGGGCCGGGGCUCCGUCUUGUGCCUGUGGGAUCUGCUGUCUUCGUCGCCGGUUUUUGUCUCCGGGACUCCAGGAGCUCAUGGAUUUCACGUAGGGAAGGUCCCGACGCCAUUUUUGCAGGGUUCCGGCCUGUUUCUGGCGCUGGGGGUGGUUCUCCCCACCUUCCCCUCCCCCAGUAUCUUCCCUUGUUGUUCUCUCCUGGACCAUGGCUGCUGCCUUCGAGCGGCCAACUUUUUGUUGUUGCCGCAAAGUUAUGACCGGCUCGGGCAAGGGCGAGGAGAGAAGCUGGCCCCAGCCCCGGGGACCCCACUGCCCCGUCGAUAUCGCAUCCGCUUCCAACUUCCAGCAUUUUGAGAUCCGGCACUUGCACCUGGAGCUGGAGAUUAACUUUGGACGGCGGCAGAUCGACGCGGUCGAGGUGCUGGACCUGGUGAGUCUGGAGCCCGCCACCCGGAGCCUGGUCCUCGACUCGCACCAGUCGCUGCUCAUCCGCUCGGUCAGCGCCAAGUGCUCGUGUAACUCGGCUCAGAACAGCUGGCCGCUCAGCCACAGACUCGAACCCUUCACCGACUACGGCUCGUCGCUGGUGAUAACGUUGCCGGCUGCUAUCAAACCUCACAGCAACUUCCAGAUCAUCAUCAAGUACACUACAGCAGACGGGCCAGCGAUUUGGUGGCUGGAUCCAGAAUUAACAAGUGGAAACUCCAAACCAUUCCUCUUCACACAUGGUCAUUCAGUAUGUAACAGAUCCUUCUUCCCCUGUUUCGAUACACCUGCAGUCAAGAGUACUUAUUCCGCUACAGUCAUGGUUCCACCUGGUAUCAAAGUACUAAUGAGUGCAACGAGGAGCACAUUUGAUGAGCAAGAGAACAUAUAUCGAUUCCAAAUGGAAUAUCCAGUUCCUGCUUACCUAUUGGCCUUGGUAGCUGGAGAUCUGAUUUCUGCAGAUAUUGGUCCGCGAAGCAGAGUUUGGGCUGAACCUUGUUUAUUAAAGGUUGCAACUGCAAAACUCAACGGUACAGUGGAGCGAUGGCUGAGUGCUGCAGAGAAUCUCUUCGGACCUUAUAUGUGGGAAAGGUAUGACGUUGUAUUCCUUCCACCCUCUUUUCCAAUUGUUGCAAUGGAAAAUCCCUGUUUGACGUUCAUUAUUUCCUGUAUAUUGGAAAGUGAUGAAUUUCUCAUUAUUGAUGUUAUCCAUGAGAUUGCACAUAGUUGGUUUGGAAAUGCAGUUACCAAUGCUACUUGGGAAGAAAUGUGGCUGAGCGAAGGCCUGGCAACAUAUGCACAACGUCGCAUUACCACAGAAACUUAUGGGGCUGCUUUUACUUGUCUUGAAACCACUUUCCGACUAGAAGCACUACAUCGUCAGCUGAAACUGCUUGGAGAUGAGAGUCCGGUCAGCAGGCUACAAGUGAAGUUUGAGCCAGGAGUCAAUCCCAGCAGUCUGAUGAAUCUCUUCACCUAUGAAAAGGGAUUUUGCUUUGUAUACUACCUGUCACAGCUCUGUGGUGAUACAAAGUGCUUUGAUUCUUUCCUUAGAGCUUACGUGGAGAAGUUCAAGUUUACAAGCGUGGUUGCAGGUGAUUUACUGGAGUUUUUCUUGGGCUUUUUUCCUGAGCUGAGGGAGAAAUGUGUAGACAGCAAGGAAGGACUAGAGUUUGAGCGCUGGCUGAAUGCGUCUGGGCCACCACUGUUGGAACCAGACUUGUCUCAGGGAUCCAGUUUGAUAAAACCGGUGGAAACUUUGUACCAACUCUGGAGUUCAGAAAGUCUUGAUGGAAACCAUAUUACAGACAUUGAUAUAUCCAAAUGGAAAACAUUCCAAAUAGUCCAUUUGUUGGACAAACUCCUGGACAGAUCUCCAUUGCCUCAUGAAGUCAUGAUGAAGCUAUCAAAGAGUUACUCUGCACUGCUCGACUCAAUGAAUGCUGAAGUAAGAAUUAGGUGGUUACAGAUUGUGGUCAGAAAUAACUAUUUACCCGAUUUUUACAAAGUACGACGAUUUUUAGAAAACCAUACCUCACGAAUGUAUACUGGUCCUUUAUAUGAGGAUCUGUGUGCUGGAACCAUGAAGGCUAUUGCCAUGGAGACAUUUUACCUGACACAGAACAGACUGCAUGUAAACUUGAGGAGAGCAAUCCAACAGAUUUUUGCACACAGUGCUAACCCUGCUGCUGUUAUGACACUGCUUGAAGAUAAACCAUCAGAUACGACCAACCCCAUCUCACUCAGGGAUGUGAAUGUCUCUGCGUAGCUGAUCAAACCGUGCUUUUGUAGAAUGGAUAUAACUAAAUAUUUGUGAUUUCCUAAAUCAGUCAUUUUUCACAGGAUAUAUGUUGGAUAACAUAAGAGAAUGGAGAAGCCUAAGCCAGCAUUCCAAAAAUGUUUCAUGCAAAAAAAUAAUAUUUGUUGAAAGAUUGGCCACAGUGUAGAAACCUUGUCACUCUUGUAUUGUUAGAUACACAUGUAAAUUGUAGAUUCUAGAACCAUAGUUUGAGGAUCAUUAUUCUUAAUCCAAACACUUGAACUCUUUAGCUAGAAGAGCUGCUUGGAAGAAAAAGAUAUUUCCUCAACUCUGACAGAAUAGUUGACGCAGUACAGAACUGUUGGUGCUAAAGAAGUAAUCAGGAAACAAGGUGAGGCCAAAUGGUUGGUUUUAAUAAAAGUUUAAAUAGUAUUGGUUGGUGCUGUUGAGCUGGUUGCACCAUGCCUAUUAUCUAUUACCAGAAAGGAUUUCUAAUGAACACAUCUGUAUAAAGAAUGUGAAGUCUCAUUUUUGCCAAUGUAGAACGUAUGACUUUGUUUAAUUCACAUGGGUUUUAUAGUGCAAAUUUGAUUUGGUUUUUAGCCAGUACAGGCUUUGUUAACAAUAACAUUUUACUCAAGGCAAAGUUUGUAGGUUCUUUAAGUUAUUGUAAAGUUGUUUCUUCCUGGGUUUUCUAAGUUACGUCUGUAAAAAUUGAGCUUUUAAAUUCAUUAUGCAUAUUUCAGAUACUCUUGCCCUCAUGCAGUCAAAGUUAUCAAUGUGAAGUUAAUGACAACAGAUUUCAUAGCUAGGUUGUUUCAGAACAUUUUUUAAUCUAAAUUCUUCCCAUAUUUUCUAUAAAUAAUUUAAGAUGAGUUUUCCUUUGCCUUUACAAUGGAUAAUGAAUGGAAAUUAGUCGACUUUUCUACUGUUGUAUUUUCCACUUCACAUUCUUAAAGAAUAUUUUUUUCUCCAAAAUUUAUUGCUAGGGGUAUUUUUGAGAAAGUAAGUGGCUUCUGAAUUCUUAGAGUUCACUUGUGGUUGUUUGGAAUUGUAAACUGAGAUGGAAUAAGGAACAUGUUUAUUUUAUCCAAGUUAGUGAUUGUUAAUGUAUUAUAAGGAAAAGUACAAUCAGGGUGAUAGUCUGUUUUAAAAAGGAACAUCAUGACUUGUGUUUCAAUUAAUCAUUUAAGUUUUAACCCACAGGACAAGCUUCCCUUUUAAUGUGCUUCUUGCACUGCUGACUUAAGAUACUUAAUCUUCCAUCCAUGUGCUUUUCUUUUUUUCAAUUCCAUUGUAUUUCUGUUUAAAGUAUAACCAUUUUAGACAACAAAAUUUCUUGGUAAACAGACCUGAGGUGCAAUGGAAUAAUAUUUGAGUUCAAAUUUGAUUGCUGACUUCACUGACUGCUCAUUUAAACUUCCCAGAUGUGGUUCAAGGCUACAAUGGUGGGAUAUUAUGCAGUUGGUAAUGGUUAAUGCCACAUUAACUUGGUGGUCCUGACUAUUCUCUAGUUUCUGAUUUUUUUUGUUCCUGACUGUAGUCCUACAAUUUGAAUAGAGUGUUUCUGAUUCUCAGUUUGAAGAUGUGCUAUGUGCUCUGCCUUGGAAAUGUUGGAAUCAGCAGGUAGUUCAUUGAACAAAAUCCAAUUGUGAAGAUGAUAUGAAGAAAUGUGUAACUUUCCAACACUGGAAGCACAUCAUCAAAAAUUGAAUUAUCUGAUGGAUUUUUUAAACCUUUUUUCUGCUUUUUGUUCAAAUGUGUUUUGAAAGCAUACGCAAAAAAAAUGUUAAGGGGCCAACGACUGUGUAAUAGAUUUGCACAAAACUUUGUGACUGUACCUUUCUCAGGAAGUGCAACCACUGGUGCCUUUCUCAACAGUAUUCAACUGAUUUAUGGUCCGUAAGCUUCUGUCCCUUUUAACAGAAGUCUUAUUAGUAAAAUGAAAUAAAACACUUCCUCAGAAAAUAUAUCAUUAAUUUGUUUACAAAAAUAUUUUGUAAGUCAGAACUAUUUUAUUAUGUCCCAAAUAAUACUUAGUAACAAAAUAUGGUUUAGCUUUGUUUUUAUAAAUUGCAGUGUUUUUCAUAGUGUCAGAUGUCAUGAGUCACAGAUAUUUUUUUUCCCGAGACCGAAGAAGCUAUUUGCCAAACAGCUUGUGUGGAGAAUGUAGUUUUCAGAUUUAUGCGUUUUUUUAAAGUAACAAUCACUGAUAAUGAACCUACACUAAAAAUUUUAAAAAAAGGAUUAGAAGAUCCAAAAAAAACACAUCUACCCAAAAUAUUGUAACACUGACUUGGUGUGGUUUUCCAGCAUUUUCUGUUCUAACUUCAAAUUUACAGCACUCGGUUUUGUAUUUGUAUUAAUGAAACUGUCUUUGUAUAAAACAACUAAAAAAUUUUGAAAUGCUCUUAUGUCUGCAAUAUUUUAAACUGAACUUUACACUUGAUAAGAAAGGGCAGAUGAUUAUCCAAUAUAUUACAAGUGCAGGUUUGGUGAAAAAUAUGAAUGUGGACAAAAUUAAACAAAGUAGCCAUUGAUUUAUUGGGUGAAUUGGAUAAUGCCAGUACAGUAUUUAAAUGUAUGAACAGAUUGGUUUGAUCCUUCUUCCUGCUUUAACAAUGUUACAAGGACGGGUUCAAAUAUUUGUCUAUGCACAGGUGAAGUAAUACAGUGUAAAUUGAGAAAUGAUUGUUUUGACUACGAAGUAAUAAAACAGCUUUUGGGACUGAACCUGCUCACCAAGGCAUUGAAAAAGCCUGCAACUAAAGCUAAGUACUUGAAAAGUAAUUUUUGGGAAUAUGUAAAAAAUACUUUGUUAGUGUUAGAUUUAAUUGUGUAAGCAAAGCUAAGUUUUUUUUUUAAACUGGAUUACCUUGUUUUGGAAAUGAAAGUUCAGAAAAAGUGAAACAUUAUGCAAUGGGCUCUAUAUCUGAACAGUAGAGACUAUAAACAUGUAUGCAUUAAAUGUCAAAAUUCUGUAUAUUGGACAAUUUAAUAUAGUAAUUGAUUUUUUUGUUUGUGUUUUACAUGCUUAUGUCAAUAUAUAUGUAUAUACUCUUUCUGGA